AUGAAUUCGAACUUUUUCAAUCGGCAGAGUGAAGGUGACGGCAAGCAGAAGAAUCCGUUUGCAAGCAAUCCAUUUGGAAUGCAAGGAGAAAAGCCAGGAGUGUUCGGAAGUCAGCAGCAGCCAGGAGUGUUCGGGCAGCAAAGUGGUGCAGGCUCGCAAAUGAAUCAGGCUGCACCCACUGGGUUUGGAGGGGCAUUUGGAACGCCUACAGGAAUUGGAGCACAAGGAGAUGCAUCACCAUUUGGCAUGGCUAGUGUGUCUCCGUUUGAAAAGCCAGCAACUGCGCCAUUCGGAAGCAGUAAUGUACCGUUGAAUCCAUCGUUAAGUGUGCCCACAUAUACACCUGGUGUGUAUGGAUCGCAAGGAGGAAUGCAGGGGAGCACGGAUCCUUUCAGAGCACAGCAAGCCACGGCACCCAAUGUAAAUAUAUUUGGAGGGCAGCAAGUGAAUGGGUUUCAGACGCAGCAGUCGAUGCCGAUUGGUAAUACAUUUGCAAGUGGCCAAGGGCAAUUUUCUCAGCCAAGCGGGUUUUCUGCAUCGGCAGGAUUUGGAUCAGCACAGCUAAAUACUGGGGUUGGAUCUGUGCAAGGACAGGGGUCCGGUGUAACGAUGGGAGUUUUGCCAAGCAGUGGCGCAGUAGCCGAGCCUCUAAUGACUGCAAACAGCAGUGUAUUUGGAUUUGGGAAUCAGCAAAGUGGAGUAAGUGGAUUGGGGGCGUGGAACUCUGAUAUGCAGAAGCAAAUGCAGGCAGGUGAAUCUCAAGGAUCAUCCGCACCGAUGGGGCUGUGCAAAGAGGGGUAUUCUGGAGUGAUGAACGACAAGACAACGAGCUUGCAUGGAGGAAGUGGAGCAGCAGCAAUGCACUCGAGCAAAGAAGAGGGCAAGGAGGCAGUGAUGGGAGACAUAAAAGGUAAGCAUACACUGUCGUUUGGCCAAGUAUCUGGAGAGAAGGGAAUGAGUUUUAUACAGAUGACACUGGGGGAAAUAAUACAGCAGCAAACACGAAAGCUUGAAGAAAACAUAAAAAUGUUUAAGGAAAAAGCCAAAGAGGUGUUUGACCAGGAUGAGAGGAUUAUCAAGGCGCUGAAUAACUAUAGACUAAUAGGAAGCAAUAUUGAUGAGGAGGAAAGGGCGAUCGCAGAGACUGAGGAGAAUGUUGAGUUUUUUGAGAAAUGGCUUUCUGAGUUCCAGGAGGAGGUUGCCGAUGGCCCAGGAGACGAGCUUCUUGAAUGCAUUAAGGAGUUUGAGAGGAUCUGCGACAAGUACAACAAGACGAUUGAGAUGCUUAGGGACGAGGAUGAUGAGGUGAUGUGCUUGGUGAAUGAGAACUACAACCUGAUUAAUGUCAUUGAUGAGAAGUUGGAUGUUCUUGAGAGGUACUAA